AUGGACAUAAUCUACGAGUCUGAGCUACUAAGGGACGAGACCCAGGACUUUGACAAAUGGGGCUGGGUGUUCUACAGGUGUACAUACAACGAUGAUGACGCUUGGGCUCGCUUCAAGGACAUCAUCAACGGUACAUCCCGACAGGGCAGCGAGUACUACGAGUAUCCGGGAAUUCUUGACAAGAUGAAGUGGACCGUCGUGUACAAGGAGCUGCCGCCGGCCGAAGCCAACCUCUACGUCCGUGGACACAUCAACCUGGUGAACGCCGACUGGCAUCACGCGCGUCUGGAGGACUACCACGGAGAGAAUAUACGUGUCAACGAAGAACACUUCAGCUUCCCAGCCUUCGAGGGAUGCACCGGGGAGAACGUCGGUUGGAUGAGGCUGGUAGUGAGUGAAGUUGGUCCAUCUACCUUUCAGAGGAUCGCUCAUCUGUGGUACAUCGUUUAUAAGAGACCUCCCGAAAUCGUGUACGGCGUGUAG